ACGGCGCCGCCUGCCCCGGGGAGCGGCGGGCGCGGGGCGCAGCGAGUAGCGCGCAGCCCGAGGCGCACCGACGGCCGCCCACCCCACCAUGCUCAAGCGCUGCGGCCGGCGCCUGCUGCUGGCGCUGGCGGGCGCGCUGCUCGCCUGCCUGCUGGUGCUCACGGCCGACCCGCCGCCGCCGCCCCUGCCCGCCGAGCGCGGCCGCCGCGCGCUGCGCAGCCUGGCGGGCCCCGCGGGGGCGGCCCGGGUGGGGGCGGCCCCGGCGCCCGCGGCGCUGGCCGGAGAGGUGCACAGCCUGUCGGAGUACUUCGGCCUGCUGACUCGCGCGCGCAGAGACGCGGGCCCGCCGCCCGGGGGCGCGCCCCGCCCCGCCGACGGCCCCCCGCGGCCCCCCGCCGAGGUGCUCGGGCCCCGCGACGUCUUCAUCGCGGUCAAGACCACCAAGAAGUUUCACCGCGCGCGCCUCGACCUGCUGCUCGAGACCUGGAUCUCGCGCCACCGGGAGAUGACGUUCAUCUUCACCGACGGGGAGGACGAAGGGCUGGCCGGGCACCCAGGCCACGUCAUCAACACCAACUGCUCGGCAGCACACAGCCGCCAGGCACUGUCCUGCAAGAUGGCCGUGGAGUACGACCGCUUCAUCGAGUCGGGGCGCAAGUGGUUCUGCCACGUGGACGAUGACAACUACGUGAACGUGCGGGCCCUGCUGAAGCUGCUGGGCAUCUACCCCCACACCCAGGACGUGUACCUCGGCAAGCCCAGCCUCGACCGGCCCAUCCAGGCCACUGAGAGGGUCAGCGAGGACAGGGUGCGCCCCGUCCACUUCUGGUUUGCCACUGGCGGAGCCGGCUUCUGCAUCAGCCGGGGACUGGCCCUGAAGAUGAGCCCGUGGGCCAGCGGGGGCCACUUCAUGACCACGGCCGAGCGCAUCCGCCUGCCGGACGACUGCACGGUCGGCUACAUCGUGGAGGCCCUGCUGGGCGUCCCCCUCAUCCGCAGCAGCCUCUUCCACUCCCACCUGGAGAACCUGCAGCAGGUGCCCACCUCCGAGCUCCACGAGCAGGUGACCCUGAGCUACGGCAUGUUUGAGAACAAGCAGAACACCGUCCCCGUGAAGGGGGCCUUCUCGGUGGAGGCCGACCCGUCCAGGUUCCGCUCCAUCCACUGCCUCCUGUACCCGGACACCCCCUGGUGUCCCCACACUGCCGUCCUCUAGCAGACACGGCUGAGACCCCAUCCCCGGGCACCCCUGGUAUCCAAAGGGCCCGGGGAUCCCUGUGGCACACCCUGGCCUCGGCCUUCGAGGCCCCCACGGGGCCGUGCGCGUGCAUCGGGUGCCCGCCCAUGUAGCAGACUGCUGGGCAGUUCUGCUCCAUGGAGGGAGCCGCAGAUCUGCCCAUCUGUCUGUCUGUCUGCCUGUCCUCCGCAGCUCCAGAGCCCACCUGGGAGAAGGUUUUAUGUGUCAGAAGUUACCCCCAGGGUAGUUUUGUUAUUCUGUUUUUCGACCUGUUUACGAAAGUGGGGCUGGACCAGGUGUGCAGAGGUACGAGCAGGUGCCUCUCCACCUGCUCAGUGCCUGCAAUCUCAGAGCCCUGCUGGGGCCCCCUUCACGGCCGAGCCACGCUCAGGUGACGGGAAGCUGGUUUUGGGGUGAGUGGCCUGAGCCCUCUGGUCCCGCUGAGCUCUGGCCGGGUCCCUGUGGCAGCCGCUUCCUGGGUGAACAGCGGCUCCGGCCCAGCCCUGGGGGCCGCGGGUCUCUUCCCAGCCCCCCAGAGGGCUCCCCUUGGUCUCCCCCGUGGUCGGGUGAGCAGAGCUGCGCAUUUUGUCUCCUCUCUCCAGUAGAGAGAACGUCGCCCAUACUGGGUGUGUCUGUAAAUAUUGUGACAGUAUUUUUUUACUGUGCUGUUUUUUCAAAAGGGAGUGGGUAAAAAAAAGUAGGGUGUUUGUGUGUUUUUUUUAGGGGGGAGGGGGUUGUGUUAUUUUAUCUUUUCUGUGGAUCAGAAAAAGCAGAAGCCAAAUUUUGGGUAAUCUUUGUUUUUAAAGCUGAAAUGGAAAUGUCAUAACACUCGAUUAUUUAUACGUUCUGGUAUCUGGAACCUCCCGUCUGCCCCUGUGCCGGGCCCAGCGUGGCCUGCCCCGUGGGGGGGUGUUUUUGCUCCGUUUUUCUUUUGACAAAGACGCAGCUCGGAAGUCGAACGAUGAGGGACAAGCUCUCGGAAUGGGGCUGUUGCUAUGGUGACAUCCUUUGCUUGGAAUAAAAGAGCUCUUUGCGGCAACUCCGAUGA